UGUCAACCAACUAGUUCAAGAUUCCGCAUAUUACCUCUAAAAUUCCCUCUCUUUCUUCACCAUUCUUCUUGUUCCUCCAAAGUCCAAAUUCAUAAUCCACCCCUUUCUUCCUCCAUUUUCGCCUUCGCCACUAAUCCAAAAAUUUAUUACUAUCUUCUUUUUAGUAUUAGUUAAACACAUCAAUUUCUUUUGGAACAAGUUAACUGAAUUAUGCUUCGCCUUCUUUGUAGAACAAGCCGCCGGUGUUGUACCCGUUUACCUCGCCGUCGCUCCCUCUCUUCAUCUUCAAAUCGUAAUCCCGAGGAUUCUGUCGAUAUCCUUAACAAUAUAAAAAAUCCCCUUCUUGUCCCUUCCCCUACCUAUCCUCCAAUUCCCGAACCCACCCACCCCUCUCGUUACUCUGUAUUUGCUCUAUCGGCAACCCUAUUAUCCGCCAUUGUUGCUUCCUGCGCUGUAAUUUUAACUCGCGAUGAUGAAAUUGAGAAUGUGCUGGAAAAAUCGAACGAGUCGUUGAUGAGGAUUGUAAAUAGGAUGAAGAAGACGGGGGCAGCAGCUUCUGUGCUAUGGAAGUCGUUGAGGUCGGUUAUGUCUUCAGCGAAUCACGAGGUUCGGGUCGGGUUUGAGAUUAGGGUUGCGGCGUUGUUAGCUGACAUUGCCGCCGCCAGCGAGAGUCGGAGGGCGGCGCUCGUUGCCGCAGGCGGUGGCGCGGUAAUUGAUUGGCUUCUGGAGACGGUGGGGACAUCAGGGGAGAAUUGCGGGACCCAGGCUGAGUCUGCUAGGGCUUUGGCUUACUUGAUCUCUGAUUCUAAUGUGUGUGAGGAUGUUCUCGCGAGGCCUCAUGCUGUUCCCUAUCUUCUUAGGUUUAUUUUCUCUGCUCAGCCUCGACAAUCAAAAAAGAAUACAAGACGUAGUUCAUUCGAUUAUUCUGAUUCUUUGAAAGGUAGGAGCAUGCUGGUUGCAGCAAUUAUGGAUAUUGUCACGUCCCAUUGUGAAAGUGCAGACAAGGUUUUGUUCAAGCCUACACUACCCAAAGAUGCUGAGAUGAGAGAUAUUGCCGCAGCGAUUGAAAUAAUCGAGGAAGGUGGUAUGCAUUGGGAUGAGCCACAUGAGGAGGAUGAUGAUGGCGGAGAAGGGAUGAAGGGUAUUGGGAUGAAGAUUCUUGAAGGUACGACUGCUAUAGGACUUUCAAGAACUAAUGCGCUUGUUGAGAUGGGGCCUCCUAACACUAGCCAGACAGUCAGAUAUACCCCUAGUAAUCUCUUGUUUAACAAAAUAAAUGAUAGUUCGUCAGCCCGAUCAAAUUUGUCUUCUGCUGUGGUUCCUGGCCUUUGGGAUGAUUUGCAUUCUGAACAAGUUGCUGUUCCUUUUGCUGCUUGGGCAUUAGCAAAUUGGGCAACGGCUUCGGAAGUUAAUAGGUAUCAUAUUCAAGAAUUGGAUCAAGAGGGGCAUGCAGUCAUGGCCGCUUUAGUGGCACCGGAGAGAUCUGUGAAAUGGCAUGGAAGUCUGAUAGCUAAAUUGCUUCUAGAAGACCACAAUCUGCCGCUAAGUACUUCUGUUUCUGAUUGGACUUCUAGUCUUCUGUCUACUGUUUCGCAUGCAAGUAAAACUCAGGACAUCCCCCUAGCUCAGAUGGCAUUGUCUGCAUUUUUGGUUUCUCUUGAGCGAAGCCCGUCGGCACAGGAGGUAGCAGUGGAAAAGGGUCUUCAUUUGAUGAGAGAGGCUGCUAAACAGACCACUAAGCAUUCUUCGGUGCAAGAAGCAUUGGCUAAGGCUUUGGAGUUGCUCUGUGCUAGGGAAUGGCAUAUGUCACUGGAAGAAAGCCAGCAUUGGUCUGGCGUUCUUCUCCCUUGGGUCUUUGGACAGCUAUCCUCUGAUGCAAUACGAUCAUCAGCAAUAAGUAUCCUUUCACGCAUUCUUGAAGAUUAUGGACCAUCCUCCAUACCAAUUUCUCAAGGAUGGUUAACUAUUAUGCUAAGUGAUGUUCUGGAAUCCAAGAAAACAGCAUUAAGCAAAGGAAAUAACCAACCAAACAGUGAUAAAGUGAAGACCCAAGUUGAUCAAGCAAAUGUAGUUUCUGCCACACAAAUUGCUAGUCAAUUGGCAGGAGCAGUUGUCAAUUUAGUAGGAAUGCAACUGGGAGGAGUUGCCAAUGCUGAUGAUACACAUCCCUUGGCAGAUCUUCUCUCCCUGGAACCUUUUGCUGUGGCGCUAAAAAGUCUUAAGAAAGACAAACUGCCUAAGAUCAAUGCUGCAGAUUCUGCAGUGGCCACGCUUAAAGGGAUCAAAGCGCUGACAGAAAUAUGUGUCGAAGAUACUCUUUGUCUGAACAAAAUAGCUGAUUUUGGAGUCCUCAAUUUGCUUAGGCGCUUGUUACUGGAUGAUGAUUAUGAACAGCUUGCUGCAAUAGAAGCAUAUGAUGCAUCACGAGCAUUGGAGGGACAGGAACGGGUGCCAACUGUUCAUGGCGAAGCUUCUACUACUGCGAAUUCCAAUGAUGCAUCCAGUCUACGUGUUCCGCCUACAGGUCAUAUUCGGAAGCAUGCAGCACGGUUGCUAACUGUACUUUCAGUUCUUCCAAAAGUCAAGAAAGGACUAGUUGGAGAUAAAGAGUGGUGUGAAUGGCUUGAAGAAUGUGCUAGUGGAAGGAUUCCUGGUUGCAAUGACCCUAAAAUUCGAAGUUAUGCGAGGGCAACACUGUUGAACAUAUUCUGUGAUGACCAAACUGGUGAAGAUUCUGUAAAUGGUGAUGUACUUCAUGGAAAUCCUUCUAACAAAGCACAUACUUGCCCUCGUUAUGCUGAUAUGAUCCUCCUGAUAAAUCCUGAAUUACCCCACUGGAAAUGUAUGGAAAAGAUAACGCCAAAAUCAUUGGAUGGGUCGUCAUCUUCAGGUGCCAAUGAUUCUGCUGAGAGUGAGCAUACAACAGAUGAAGAUACCAGUAAUGAUAUAUCAUCGACAUCUGCAAGUGAAUCUGAGAAUAUAUCAGAGUCCGAAAUACCUUCAGUUGAUGUUGUCUUUAUACAUGGUUUGCGUGGGGGACCCUUCAAAACUUGGCGGUUGUCAGAUGACAAGUCAUCAACCAAAUCUGGCCUGGUUGAGAAAAUUGAUGAAGAGGCUGGACGGGAAGGAACAUUUUGGCCUGGUGAAUGGCUGGCAUCUGAUUUCCCUCAUGCCCGUCUGUUUAGUCUGAAGUACAAGACAAAUCUAACCCAGUGGUCUGGAGCGAGCCUACCUCUUCAGGUUUGCAUUUUUCUUAACUUCUGUCAAAUUAUCGUGUGUGUUUGAGGUUGGUCAUAGUAUCAUGCAAAGCACU